UCGGCUUCUGGUAUUACAGCAGCCGGACCUCCCGCUGCUCGUGUCGAUCGCAUUGUCUGAACAGCGCACUAAAAUAUCAUGGACGGCAGAGGCUACGGUUCUGGUUACUCCAGUUGGGGAGGUGGUGGAGGGUCAGGCAGCAGAGGUUCUGGUGGUUUUGACCUGUAUGGGGGAGGUUAUAAGGACUCGAUGUCUGGGCUCGGGGGCUAUGGAGGAGGAGGAGGAGGCCACAUGAAGAGAGGUCUCUCGGGAGCAUCCCUGCUCUCAUCCACAGGCACACAUGCAGAUGCAGUCAUUGCAAAGAUCAACCAGCGCCUGGACAUGCUCACUCAGUUGGAGGGGGGGUUGAAAGGGUCUCGGGGUGACAGGUUUGACCAGUACGAGUCUUUCGACUCGCGCACCUCCGCUCUCACCUCCUCCCGAGAUCUCUACAGAUCUGGCGGCGGUAGCUAUGGUUAUGGUGAUGGCCGUGGGGACAAUCUGCUGUUGGGUCAGCGAGGAGGCUCGGGCUUCGGAGGGGGAAUGGGGCUCGGGGGAGGAGGAGGCUUUGACAGCCCCUCCUCUUCCUAUGGAGUCGCUAAAAUGCGACAGAAUAUGAGGGAGUCCUUCAACAGUGGCCAGGGAGGAGGUUCUGGAGGUGGAGGAUGGGCUGGAGCAGGCCGACGUUCCCCCAGAAGGGGUGGAAGUGCCGGGGGUCGAGGAGCUGGAGGAGGGUUUGGAAGCCGCAGGUCUGAUCCCACUCCAUUAGGCGGUGGAAGGGGAAGUGGUAGUGGUGGCCAGUCCCACCACGGCCACUCUCCAGGAGGUGGUAGAGGCAAGCUCCCAUCCCUCCUGUCCAACCGCAUGUACCCUGAGAGUGGGGGCUUCCAUCAGGGUUCCACCCAAGGGCCUCACGACUUCCCUGGGAGGCACUUUGGAGGGGGCCCACGAGCUGGCCGCCAGCGAGGCCGCAAGAGACCCCUCAACAAACAGGUGAAGCCACAACGUGAUGUCCAGAAGAAGAGAAAACAGACACUUACUGCAGCUGAUGAGCCAGAGUCAAAGAUAAACAAGACAGACAGUGCAGAGUCUGAAGCUACCCAAGAGCAAGCUGAGAAAAAUGGUGAUGACAGUGAACCAAAGGCUGCAGCUGAGGAGACAAAACCUGCUGAAGAUGGAGACGGAGCUAAACAGGAGGAGAAGAAAAAGCUUCAGGGCAAGCAGACCCCAACCCAAGGUCAGGACAAGCACCCAAAAAUGAGAAAGAGAAGGGGAUUCUUGGAAAGAGUAAUGUUUGCAUGCUCCGUCUGCAAGUUCCGUUCGUUCUACAAGGAGGAAAUGGAAACGCAUCUAGAAAGUCGCUUCCACAAGGACCACUUUAAGUUCCUCUCCAGCCAACUGUCCAAGCCCACAACAGACUUCCUACAGGAGUAUUUGCAGAACAAGUUUAAGAAGACAGAGCAGAGGGUCAGCCAGUUGGAAAACCACAGUGCUGCCAUCUGUCAGGUGUACAAAGAACAGGACCUCACCAGGGAUCUUGGGAUGGAGCACUUCAUGAGGAAGGUGGAGGCUGCUCACUGUGCAGCAUGUGACCUCUUCAUUCCCAUGCAGCCCCACCUGAUACAGAAACACAUCAAGUCUCCUGACCAUAACUACAAUCGGAAGGGUAUGAUGGAGCAGUCCAAGAGGGCCAGUCUGUCAGUUGCUCGUAGCAUCCUUAACCACAAACUCAUUGGCAAGAAGCUGGAGAGUUACCUCAAGGGUGAAAACCCAUUCACCGGUAACCAGGAUGACCAGGAUCCUGAGGACUCCAUGGUGAUGGACGUGUCAGAGAUGGAGUUAACCAGUGAGACAGCAGACGGUCAGACAGCAGACAGUCAGACAGAGGCGACACCGGUCAAAGAGGAGCCGGUGGCAGAGGGAGAGACAGGCCAAGAGGCAGUCGCGGAGGCAGAGGCAGAGGCAGCAGCAGCAGAGGAAGAGAAGAUGGAGGAGGAGCUAGGAAUGGACGGAGAGGAGGAGCAGGGGAACCUGGACGAGGAGGAAGGUUUUGAAGUUGGAGAAGAGGAGGAGGAGGAGGAGGGAUACGUCGUGCAUGAUGAGAUUGGUGAAGAAGGAUUACAGUGUGACCUGGAAGAAGAAGAGGAUGAAGGAGUGGAGGCAGAAGUUGAGGAGGAAGACAAGACUCAUGAAUGACUUUUGCACCCUGGGUGUGACCUCUCGACCUAAACAUCUGUCCGGACCAGUCAGUGACCCCCACUGUCCCAUUCAACCCAAUUUCAUUGCCAGGCAUAUUAAGAAAUGCAUACCUGCUCCCACCAUUCUUCACUGUCUAAUGACUCUGAGUUUGUAUGUUAGUUUUUAUUUUGUUAAAGGAACAGUUCCACAUUUUGGGAAAUACUAUUAUUCACUUUCUUGCAGAGAGUUGGAAGUUGAGGUUAGUUACACCACCUAAGGGUCCUAUGUUUGCCGACCAGCUUUCUUUAGAGGUGUUGGUAGACUUACUUUUGGACUUUAGAGAGCCGUGCUCCUGGUUUCCCCGUUUACCGUCUUAACAACACUAAUCAUCUUCCUGCUUUAGCACCAAAUGUAACACAGAUUUUUCUUCUUCUGAUUUAACACUCGUGAAGAAAGCCAAAGUGUAUUUCCAAAAAUGUCAAACUUUUUCUCUUAAUGGAAUUUUUUUUUUUUGUGCCUUUUGUCAAAAAUAUUCAUAAUUUAGGUUUGUUUGAAUACUGUAAAGUUGGGACAUUAUGUUCUUUUUUUUGUUUUUUUCUUCUAAUCAGAGUUGACACAACCUCAUAGCAUUCUGUCUAUUGCCAGCAGUCAUGAUGAAUGGAUGAUUUUUCCCAACCUUUUGGUAAAAUCUAGAACAGGGUGGGCUUUUUCUUCUACAGCUGCGGUGACUGAGAUAAUUGACCAUGGACUGUCUGUAGAAUAAGUAUUGGUAAGUAUUGGAUAUUCUGAAUGGAUAUCUUUCAUGUCUUCAACAGUUUUGUUUCACUCUGAAUAAGAAAUAAACUUGUUGAAUAAA